CAGUCAGUCAGUUGUGAUUCGAUCAUCAGGUGCUAAACAACAAAAUUUACAGAGGUACAUACUGGAAAAAAAAUUAUUAAAAAAAAAGUAUUUCUCUCAGUGAUUGUGAGCUUCUCCAGAGAACUUUUCGGAGCAUCCUCUGCCCUCUACAAUAAUCGCAGAUUUGCAUAAUUUGUGUCCAAGCAAAAAAGUUCAAGGUUUCACAGUCAAGUUGGUUGGGAGUGAAAAACAUUUUUCGCGGUCGCAGAUUUUGCUGCAUGUGACGACAUUUGACGACUUUAUACACUUGUGGUGGAUCUUCAGCAAGAGCUACACCAAAAAAUUCAUUCCUCUGUGAUUUUUCCCAAGAAAAAAAAAAAGAUUCGUUAGGUGUUGUGUGAAAAAAGUGCUCAAUUACCGUGAACAAAUUAUAACCGGGCAAAUUACCAUUCAAAAAAAAUCUAUCGGAACUUUUCGUUUCAGAAAGAGCUUUAUCUACGAUCCAGCAGAAGAAUGAGAUUCUACGCGGGAUUUUUCACCCUCUUCGUCAUCAUUGAAUUGACUUUUGGCUAUUCUACUUCUUCCGGUGCUGCAGCAGGAGCUGGUUCUUUCGCAUCCACAGGGACUACUGGACAGGCGGGAGUUUCAUCCUCAGGAGCGCUUCCUAACACUUACACUGGCAACACAGUGAGCAGUGUGGGAGGUAAUUAUGGAGCUCAGUAUCCUUACUCGGACAACACCGUGGGCACUUCACCUUACGGAAUGACAGGAGGAGCAGGUGGAUUUGGCGGAGUUAGUGGAACAGGAACGGGAGGAGAUUACUCUGGAUCAAAUGCAGGAGCCUUUUCUGGGGCAGGCGGAGGAUCAUAUGCUGGAACUGGAGCUGCACCCUUCGUCCCUCCAGGCCAGUAUCCUCCCCUUCCGUCACAGUAUGACUACCAGAAUCUCUUCCUCAACUUCUGGAAGAGUCUCAGUGAUAACUAUGCCAAUGCUGCAACCAUGACCUUUGCCUCUCCAGGCGCUAAUGCUUUUGCAGCUGCCUCUUCUGGACCAUCACAUAACGAAUUGAUCAGCCAACAAUUGGCCCAACAAGCGGCUCUUUUCAAUCAAAUAAAUGCCGCUGGAAGUCGCUUUGGAGGUGGAGCAGGUGGUGGAGGUGGUGCUGGUGGAUACUAUGCUCCCAAUUUUGCCAGCUCAAGUGCUACCUACGGUCCAGAUGGAUUCCAUCAGACAGCCAAUAUUGUUCCCGCCAAUCCCAAUUCUCCGAACGUUGACAGUCGAUUUGGACCUGAAAAUCCCAUUGUAACCAUGUCCGCUGGACAGCCAGGAUUCUAUGGAGUCUCCUCGUCGAGUUUCUCAACAUCUUCCGACAUCAAUGGUCAGAAAAGUUCCCACAGAGAGGCUCAAACAUCCAUCAAUGACAAUGGAAAAGUUACAACUUACACCGUGAGAUCAUAGUUAUUUCUCAGUACUACUCACCCCCAAAAAUCCCCCAAAAUUCCCCCUUCGCAAAAAAAGAGAAGAUCAGUAAAAAAAUAAAAUAAAAAGAAAAAUCCCAA